UGGCUACAACAUAACACUGCACUGCAGCUGCACUGUUCCUUGACAUGGAAUGGUGAGGAGAAAUGAGUGAGCCCAAGUACAAUUUCCCCCUCCUGUUGACAGACUCGAGUAACUCUGCCAACAACAGCAGCUUCAUGACCCCAGGCCUCCUCUCCACGGCCACCAGCAGCACUGCAGGCUUUAAGCCACGAGGGCAUGCUUCUUCAUCCAAGACUCCGCACACUACAGGGUCACGUUUCAUCCCAGCCACUACUCCUGGAUCAAGACAUGAGCGCUCCACCACUAUUGUGGCGGUUGUCGAGGGGCGUGGCCUAGCAACGGGAGAGGUGGGCCUGGCCAGUAUUGACCUCAAGAGACCAGAACUAGUCCUCUCUCAGUUCCCAGACACACGGACCUAUGUCAAGGUGUUGACCAAACUGCUCAUUCUGGAACCACUGGAGAUUCUCAUGCCUCAUACUGUGUGCGAUGUGGGUGCCAAGACAAAGCUCUAUCAGUUAGUAGCUGAGCAGUUUGCUGAGUCCACCAUCACCUCAGUGCAGAGGAAGUACUUCAAUGAAUCUAAAGGACUGGCGUAUGUUCAUCAGCUGUGUGCCCAGGAGUUCAACACUGUCGAGUUGGACAUCUCCACAAAGUACUAUUGUCUAGCGGCAGCUGCAGCACUACUCAAGUAUGCAGAGUUCAUUCAACACAUGAUGUUUGCUCCCAACUCCAUCAGAGUCUCCUACAAGGGAUCAGAGCACACCACUAUGAUAGAUGUUACCACAGUGAAAAACCUUGAGCUUCUGACCAACUCUCUAAACCCAAGGUCAUGUCAUUCUCUGUAUGGUUUGAUCAACUUCACAAAGACUCCCUGUGGAGCACGUCUCCUGAGGUCCAACAUCCUGGAGCCUCCCUCACAUCUUGAGACCAUCAAGCUUCGACAAGACUGUGUACAAGAGCUCACAGAGAACGAGGCCCUGUUCUUUGGCCUGGAAACAGUACUGAAGCAGUUUAUGAAUGUUGACCAGCUCAUCUCUUUCUGUGUGCAAGUGCCCAAGAGAGAGACUCCCAAGACUGCUGACACAACCAUCGGCUAUGUGAUUCAUCUCAAGCACACACUGCAACUUGUGGCUCCACUCAGACAAGCACUGGCUGAUGCUAAGAACCCUCUCAUUAAAGCAUGCCAUCAGGUGUUGGAUGAUCCUCGUUUUGAUAUCCUCCUCUCCAAGAUCAACGCAGUGGUUCAUGAUGACACUCAUUAUCAGAAGGGAGCUCUCAACAUACGCACACAGAAGUGCUUCUGCCUCAAGUCAGACACCAACAGCAUGUUGAACGUGACCAGGAAACUCUACAGUGAGAUUAUAGAAGACAUUGCAUUGAUGACAGAGCAGCUCUCCUCGGAGCAUGGGCUUACCUUGAGGAGUGUGUUCAACUGCAGCCGAGGAUUUUACCUACAGAUGACACCGGAGGGGGGAGGGGCCAAGAAGGGAGGGGGUGGAGUCAGCAAUAUACAGCUCCCGGACGUGUUCAUUAAAGUGGUGCGCCACAAAAACUGCCUGAGCUUCACGACUUUUGACCUCAUGAGACUGAAUGCAAGGGCCAACGAUGCACUGGCCGCCGUCUACCAAAUGAGCUAUAUAGUUCUCAAGGAGUUGCUGUCUGACAUACGGGAGCAGAUUGGGUGUCUAUACAAGCUCACAGAGAGUGUGGCCAUGCUGGAUAUGCUCCACUCAUUUGCUCACUCUUGUACUGUAUCAGACUAUGUGAGGCCCGAGUUCACCAACACCCUCGCUGUCAAGCAGGGAAGGCAUCCCAUGCUCGAGAAGAUCUCCUAUGAUCCUCCUAUACCCAAUAAUGCCUAUGCAUCCACUGGUAGCAACUUCAUCAUCAUAACUGGACCCAACACGAGUGGCAAGUCGACGUUCUUGAGGCAGAUUGCUCUACUGCAGAUACUGGCUCAGAUGGGGAGCUUUGUCCCAGCAGAGUACGCCAGCUUCAGACUGACCAAUCAGAUCUUCUCACGGAUAGGCUCAGAUGAUGACCUCGAGACUAACGCCUCCACUUUUAUGGUUGAGAUGCGAGAAGUGCAGUAUAUUCUACAGAAUGUAGACUCUACUAGUCUGGUGAUUAUCGAUGAGUUAGGUAGAGGGACGAGCAGUGAGGAAGGGGUGGGGUUAUGUCAGGCCAUCUGUGAGCAUCUCCUCUCCACUGAGGCCAUCACCUUCUUCAGCACACACUUCCUGGAGCUCACUAGACUAGAGGCUCUUUAUCCCAAUGUGGACAACUAUCACUUUGAGAUCAAGUACACACUGGAGGAUGGUGCCAAGAGGAUGACCCACACACACACUCUGAGCAAAGGCAAGACAGAGGAGAGGCAUUAUGGUCUCCAGCUAGCUGAGUUGUGUAUGCCUCCAGAGGUGGUGGCAGAGGCCCGGGAGAUAGCUGCUAAGAUAGAGAGGGACCAGAGCAAUGGUAGCGCUGAGUCAGUGGAGGCCCAAACCCGGGCAGCCACCUAUACAUUGGGCACCCAAUUGGUGCAGAUAGCUAGGAACUCACUGUUGGAUGCAGACUCUCUCAGGUAAACGUAUCUGAGUCAUCUGAAAAGAGACUACCUUGCAGAGCUGGACACUAUCAAAGAUUCACAGAGAGCGUCAAAUAAAGAUCCCACAUCUGAGGAAUAGCACAAUAACGGACCAUUUAGACCUUUAGAAAAGGUCCCUAAAAUUAAUUGUGAUAGUAUGUACUCACUUGGAAAACAGCAAAACCACAAUUAGAUUGUUAGAUGUUCACGUUAUAAUACUAAUUUUUAGCUUUUAAAUUUGCAUUUAAAAUAAAUAGCAUAUUGAUAUUUCUACCA